AUGUCAGAGCAUCUGCAAUGGAUGAUCCGGCGGAACUGCUCCAGCUUCUUGAUCAAGAGGAGCAAGCAGACGUAUAGCCCCGAGCCCAGUAACCUGAAGGCCCGCAGCUCCUUCCGCUACAACAGGUUCAUUCACCGCCGGACUGUGGGCGUGGAGCCGGCGGCAGACGGCAAAGGGGUCGUGGUGGUCAUGAAGCGGAGAUCCAGCCAGCGAAAGGCAGCCACUUUCUACAUGCGGACCACCAUCAACAAAAACGCCCGGGCGACCCUCAGCAGCAUCCGGCACGUGAUCCGAAAGAACAGGUACCUCCCGGGUUUGCGCAUGGCCGCCAUCCGGCAGGCCUGCGCAGCCAGAAGCCUGUGA